AUGAUUAAUGUUUCUUCUUCAUCAAAAGAAUUAAAUGAAGUAACUUUAAGAAUAAGUAAAAGAAAUGAUUCAAAAAUGAAAGCAAUUAAAAUAAGUGGUCUUGAAGAAGAAUCAAAGCUUGCUAUUAUUUAUCUUACUGGUUCAAUUCAUAAAGAACAACGUCAAAAAGAAUUUGCACAAUUCUUAGCUUUAGCUAAAUUCCCAGAAACUGUUUUUCCAAUAAUUUGUCAUCUCUCCCAAAAUAAUGAAACUCCUGAUUAUAAUGAUCCAUAUCUUCAUAUUGCAUUUUCUAAUUUACUUCAGUCAAUUCUUUCUACUCAAACCCAACAUAUUAAUUUUAUUGCAACAUCUGAUACAUUAUUAUUCCUCUUUAAAUCAUAUUCAUUAUGGAGUACAUUAAUUAAUGAUUCUAUUCAUAUUGAUAAUUUAAUUAUUAUUAACCCAAUGGAUAUUCCAACAAUAAAUUAUUCUCUUUAUAAGAAAGAUUGGACUUCAUUAUUUACUCUUUGUAAAAGAACAACAAUAUAUUCUUUAACUUCUUCUCUUUCUUCAAUUCAUUUAUUAGAAUUUAUAUUAAAAGUAAAACGUUCUUCACAUUUAAAUUCUUCUUAUGAAAAAUUAGAUAUUAUAGAUGUAGAUGAUCUUGAUCAAACAAAUUAUUUUUCAUUAAACGAAGUAUUUAUUCAAGAUAUUGUAGAACUACUUUGUUUGUUAUAUUAUUUUGAUAUUAAUAACAAAUAA